CAAAAUGAGGCGAUGCAGGGGUUGAAAGUGAAGGAUGGGGAAGUCAAAGCCAAACUGAGUUCUCUCUCUCCUGCUCUUCUCCUUUCUCUUCUCUAGCCAUUUAUGCCCGCAAAUCGAGAUGAACUAAGGUGGAUGUGUAGCUUGGUGGAUGUGAAUCGGCUGCUUCGACUCCUGCCAUUGCUUCUCAAGCAUGAAGGUGCCUCCUUUCUUGGUUAACUGAGGACAAAACCUAUUGAUGCUUCUGUUGCCCCUGCAAGAGGAUUCUUGGCUUUUCUGGAUUGCACUGCUCUUGGGACAACCGAAAGUUUUCACUUUCUGUAGCUGUAGCUUCCAAGGAAGAGCCGCUUUUAACACUGUCGACAACUCGAGUCCGGCUCUAGCCAUCAUAUGUUAUGGGGAAGAUAGGGGAUGUUUCUGUCAAUAUUUUGAUGAAAAGAUUAAGCUUUGCGUGCUUGCUCCUCUUUAUCCGACCUCUUCGCUCCAAUUCCCAGAACCAGAGCUGCAUCUCUGGUGAUUUAAAUGCCCUGCAAGGCUUCUCGAGAGGACUGGAUUCAGGCAUACCAGGUUGGAGCAUGAAUGCCUCUGCUUCCGGUUGCUGCAGCUGGGAUGGCGUUUCCUGCGACGACUCGGUAGGCUCAGGACGAAGGGUGAUCGGGCUGGAUCUCCAAAAUAAGAGCUUGAAGGGAUCCUUAGAUGAUUCUUUGGCAGAUUUGGAAUACCUAUCAUGGCUUAACCUUUCUUCUAAUUCUCUUCAAGGCACAGUUCCAUCAGGGUUAUUUCGUCUUCGCCAAUUGAAGCGCCUCGAUCUCAGCAUGAAUAGACUCUCCGGACCAAUUCCGAUGGAUUCGUACCUUCCGUCACUUGAGGUUCUCAAUGUUUCUCAUAAUGCUUUCACAGGCAGCCAUCCGAUUCUUGCCGGGUCGACGAAGUUGGUGGUGUUUGAUAUCAGCUCAAAUAAGUUUUCUGGUGGCGUCGACACAUCCGUAUGUAAUUUUUCAUCUGGAAUUCAAGUCCUUCGGUUAUUGGCGAACUCCUUCUCUGGUGACCUUCCUGUUGGAUUCGGUAGCUGUGCUUCCCUCGAAGAGCUCUCUGUUGAUUCCAAUGAUAUCUCCGGGAAUCUGCCGAAUGAUUUGUUCGAGCUGUCAUCUUUGAGGAGACUAUACCUACAGGAGAAUCAGCUGUCUGGCUGGCUGAGCUCAAGAAUAGGUAAUCUCUCUAACCUUGAGCAACUGGAUCUUUCAUUUAAUUCUUUCUCAGGCGACAUUCCAAAUAGCUUCAGCAGCUUAAGAAAUCUCAAGUAUUUGUCCCUUCAAUCCAAUAGUUUCAGUGGCCAGAUGCCUUACUCCUUGUCAAACUUACCGCCACUUAGAGUGCUCAACCUGAAGAACAAUUCGCUUAGUGGUGGAAUCACUUUGAAUUGCACGGUGAUGAAUCAUCUUAGCUCGCUUGAUCUUAGCUCAAAUGACUUCAGUGGCCCCAUUCCUUAUAAUCUUUCUCAGUGUGUGGAAUUAAAGACCUUGAAUCUUGCUCGGAACAACCUGAGUGGUGAAGUUCCGAUCAGCUUCAAGAAACUGGCUUCAUUAACUUACCUCUCACUUUCCAGUAAUAGCUUAUCCAACAUAUCGUCCGCAUUGAUAAUCCUACAGGAUGUCCAAAGCCUCACCGGUUUGGCACUCACAAGGAACUUCCUUGGUAGCGAGAGAAUUCCAAUGGAUGGAAUUCAGGGAUUUCAAAACAUACAGCUUCUCGCUAUUGCAAGCUGUGGCCUUUUCGGAUCCAUUCCACCAUGGUUGUCAAAUUUUACCAAAUUAAAUGUACUGGAUUUGUCAUGGAAUCAUUUGGAAGGGACCAUCCCUUCAUGGAUAGGGUAUCUUGAUCAUCUUUUCUACUUGGACCUAUCGAACAAUUCGCUCAGUGGGGAGAUUCCAACAAGUUUGGCACAGAUGAAAAGCCUAAUCUCUGGCAGCACCUCACAGCUUGGACCUCGAACAGAUGACUUCCCUUUCUACGUUAAAAGGAACAUUAGUGACAAGGCACUGCAAUACAAUCAAGUCAGCAGCUUCCCGCCAUCCUUAAUUCUGUGCCAGAACAUGCUUGUUGGACCAAUCUUACCAGGGUUUGGGAGCCUUACGAGGCUUCUUGCACUGGAUCUAAGCAGAAAUAGAUUAGCAGGGCCUAUUCCAGAUGAGAUAUCAGACAUAUCUGACUUAGAGUUUUUGGAUUUGUCACACAACAAUCUUACCGGAAGCAUUCCUUCCUCGCUGUCUAAGCUCAAUUUUCUAUCGAGUUUCAGUGUAGCCUACAAUAAUCUGUCCGGGCCUAUUCCAACCGGCGCCCAGUUCUCAACCUUUUCUAGUUCUGAUUUUGAAGGGAAUCCAGGUCUCUGUGGUUUUCACUUGAAUCCAUGUAAUUCUGGAACGCCUGAAGUUCUUCAACAGUCAAGUCACAGAAGGCAAAAUUAUAAAGGUGUGAUCAUAGGACUGGCAGCUGGAAUCGGACUCGGAGCAUGUUUCCUUAUGGCCUUUAUCUACUUUCUUUUGUCAAAGGCUCAUCCUAUCCGACAGGACGACGAUUCAAGGGUUGUGGCAGAUUCAGGUGGCAAUUUGGAGGAGGCAGAGUCUAGAUUGGUGUUUCAGUUUCAGAACAUGAACAACUGUGACUUAAGCAUCGGUGAUAUUUUGAGAUCCACCGACCACUUUGACCAAUCUAACAUCAUUGGUUGUGGAGGCUUUGGCCUAGUUUAUAAAGCGACUCUACCAGACGGGAGAAAGGUAGCUAUCAAGAGGCUUUCCGGUGAAUAUUUUCAGAUGGAGAGGGAAUUCCAAGCUGAGAUAGAAACUCUUUCUCAAGCUCAACAUAAAAAUCUUGUUUUGCUUCAAGGAUACUGCAAGAUUGGCACCGACAGACUUUUGAUCUAUUCGUAUAUGCAAAAUGGAAGCUUAGACUAUUGGCUCCAUGAGAAACCUGAUGGUGGAUCUAUGCUGCACUGGGAGAAAAGACUUGGGAUAGCUAAAGGAGCAGCAAGGGGAUUAGCGUACUUGCACCAAUCAUGUGACCCCCACAUACUGCACCGUGACAUUAAGUCCAGUAACAUCCUACUCGACGAGAACUUUGAAGCUCAUUUAGCCGAUUUUGGGCUCGCAAGGCUUAUUUUGCCGUAUGAUACUCACAUCACGACGGACUUAGUUGGGACAUUAGGCUAUAUUCCUCCUGAAUAUGGCCAAUCCUCGGUUGCUACAUUUAAGGGUGAUGUAUAUAGCUUUGGAGUCGUUCUACUGGAGCUACUUACCGGUAAGAGGCCAGUGGACAUGUGCAAACCGAGGGGAGGGAGAGAAUUGGUAUCAUGGGUCCUUCAGAUGAAGAAGGAGAAGAGGGCAGCAGAGGUGUUUGACCCACACAUAUACGAUGAAACACUAGAGUUCCAACUGAUGGCCAUGCUUGAGAUCGCUUGUUUUUGCAUAAGUGACUCCCCGAAACUGAGACCACUGACCGAACAACUAGUCGUAUGGCUUGAUGACAUCGGCACAUAUGACCGUAUGCCAAAAUAAAGCAGGCCACCUUGGAGCUGUGCAGUGAUUUCUUCUCUCUUUGAGAUCAGGAAUAGCUGAUUCUUUGUACACAGUGAUCGAUAGUAUAUAACUCAAUUUCACAUGGCUUUUUCUCUUCCUAGGAAAAUUCGAUCCAUACACACGAUAAAGAAGGUGAGAUCAUGACAGGACACAAGAUACAGAUGUAAAGCUGUAAGUUAUGGUUUUUGAUAUGAGCAUCUGAAACUAAAUCCUAGUGGCAUGUACAUCAUGUAACCUUUCAAUUUUUUCAGAGGCCGAUUAUAUAAUGUGGAAGAACAUUGGAAUAAGAUCAACCAAUUUAAGUUUCUGAUGUUUAGUUCUCCACUUCAAUCAUGAAAUGUAGACAAGUUCUUCAAAUGUCACACUCACCCUUCGAUAGUACAUGUUCUAUGAGCUAAAAGCUGGAUGCAGGAAACCAGCUUCAGUGUCUGUUUCUUGUCACAACAAUGUUCAGUGAUCCUAGCAUCCUUACAGUCUCAUCGUCAAACCAUUACUUCAGCAAAGGAAGCUUCGCAUUCUUUGUAUGUGACGAACACAUCCCCUGCAUCACAAAGGAAUCAUGGUUGGAUAGAUGAUUUAUUUUAUAGCAUGCAUGAUCAUCAAAUAUCAUUCUUUGCUUAACAUUUUAAAAAGUCCAACAUCUUUUUACCACAAUCGUGCGAGUAGUGAUUCCAUCUGACAAGUGUUUGAAGACCAAAUUCUUGAAAGCAAUGAACAGCACUGAACUGGAAGCCAAGACCUCUGUGAAAAUGAACAGUCUCCAUUGGGCUUUUGACAAGGGCCUCUGUAAAAUCCUUCAUGUUGCAUUGUAGAUAUAAGCUCGGCUCCAUUACUAUGCUAAUGAACAGAGUGCAUUAGAUAAAAUAUAUAAAAAUUGUUUAUUGUGACUGUGAGGACUGAGUAACUUGAUUCUAACCGAUGGAUGAUGGAUAAUGGAGCAGUAGAGAUGGCAGAUCUUUGUACCACACCAUGAAAAGGUCACAUCAAGGGUGUUCACUGUGCACCAGAAAGAAAGUCUUAAAUGGUGUGCUUCAUAUCCAUGAUGUUUCUCUUGCAGCUUAUAUCACUAUCGUUCUUCCUGUUGCCCUUUGGACACCAAUAUAACCUUUUGAGACAUGGUCUGCUGAUCCGUGGCUGUAUUAAUCCAGCUCCUGUUUGACAAUGCAAGCGAGUACUGCUUAUGUGACUUCUCUUUUCCAUCUGGAGCAGUAGACAUGCAAUCUGACAUAGUUUUGGUGAUAAUGAUAUCUCUUUUUCACCGCCCAUACUGUUUACACAAUAAUUUAGACUUGGUCAGACUCUCUACUCAUGGUUUCUUGAGUCAAACAUGGUGUUCUUUGACCAGUUUAACGAUGUCCAAGCACUGAAAUGGCCAAGGAGUGAAUGGGAUCAUAGUGGUGGGAAUCCAAUGCACGAUUAUGCCAAGGCUUCAUCAUCUUUUUCCUGCCAUGGUGGGAGUGCAGGGCUUGAACAAGGAUCAUUUCCCCAUUGCCCGAGCGUCCAUCUUAAAGUUCACAUGGGUCCCUCAAGAUCUUCCCAUGGGUUGAGCAUCGAUCUUAAAGUUCACAUGGGUCCCCCCUCAGAGGUAACUCAAUGUACUCGGGUCCUUUUUUACGAUGGACCAGUAGGCCUUUUACAGCAGUUUGGCUUCACUCACCCUUCACCCAAUGCAACUCACAUUGUCUUGUUGCUUCACGCCUGUCCUACGAGGUCCUCUCAGCCUUGUGUCUCUCCCCACCUCCACCAUAUCUUCUUGUCCCACUUCUCUACCAGGGAGGGUCCCAUGCAGCUUUAAUGGCAUGGGCAGAGACGCAGAUUCAGCUGGACAUGCGAGUGUUGAGAAGAUAGAGAACCUAAGAAGAUUUGUGACUCCUUGAUGCACAUUAGUAGAACAGUCAGUCUCUCAUGGGUGAAUGCUUUUACUGAGGUGAAAGCCAUGAAUAGCCGCCUCCUUUUUUCUUCUGGUCUCUCUCGGAACCCUGGCAUCCACAGGGGAGGUAGGUGCAUGCAGUGGGCAUGAAUGAAAGUCUCAUUUAGUUUUUGCAAGCCAUUCUUCCCACAAGAAAUGAGUGCAGAGGAAGACUGAUGGAUCUAUUUAGUGAGACUGUACUUGAUGGAAUGAAUGGUGGCCUGUGAGCUUUUCAGAUCCCCUGCAGGCAAAAGAUGAUGUCUUCGACACAGCUCUGCCACCACAACAUCAUGGUGUUUUUGCAAGGUCUGACUCCUGGUGGCUAGCUCACUUUUGUCAUCAGGCAUACAUGGCUUCUUAGAACAGUAUCUCAUAUUAGAUCAUGAGUUUGAGAACCAGAUUUG